AUGCUCAUCCGAGAAUGCAGCCUGUGUUGCAGCCUGGAAACUGAGAGUCUUACUCCCACCGGUCCGAGCCGAGACUCGGCUGCCCACAUCGCUCUCGCCGCCACUGCGACCAUGGUGGAAAGAAGACCCAAGGACAAACUAUGGGCUGAGAAAGGGGCGGAUGUGAGGGUAAAAGGCUCGGCCGGUAAUCCACUAAAGAGGUCUGCUCUGGGGAGUUUGGAUACCUUUCCCUCUCGAUGGGAAGAUUACUGUGCAUUUUUCCCAUCCAGUAGACGCCGCGCAGCGCCACACACGCGGCGCAAUUGCCGUUUCUCUAAAGUCGAGGACGUGAACGGCCGUGUUGUCAACCUGCUCGGACAGUUCGGAUACGCUUGGCGCCGGGCAAAUCUAUGGUCUUUUUUCAAGUGGAAUCCGUCCUCAAGUUCGACCGUCGCCCGCUCAGCGAGCAGCAGCAGGUCGCGGCUUUGCGACAACAACACGCCAGCGGCAGCGGUGACCAGGUUACAGAAGGGCCUGGCACUGUUCCUCCGCAUUAUCUGUGCGGUACCCCGAGUUGAAGCAUGUGACGUUGUUUUCCUUGGAGUUGGGCCGCUUGGGCUCUUCGGUCGUCUGCGUCGGCUCCGACUCGGUGGUGGUGUUGGCCGUGGUCUACUUGCGGUGGUCUCUUGCUUUGUUGACAGCAUCAACAGCAAGGAGUAA